ACAGAAAUCUUCAAUUUUCCCCCCCUUUCACUAAUUAGGGUUUCUGCCAAUCAAAUUCGAUUGAUUUAUUUCAAGAGAUUCUCAUCAACAAUUGAUGACAACCGCAGAUCCCAAGCGGUGGAGCGGGAAUCCGAGGUGAAAUCUGAGAGCCGGAGCGGCGGAGAGAGCAUAUCUGGAUGGGUUGGGGAAGGGCGGCGUACGAGGGGGUGGUGGCGGUGGGAUCGCUGAUACUGCUAGGUUGGGGCGGACUUUGGUUUCUGAACCGGCGGCUCUACAAGGAGUACGAGGAGAAGCGGGUGUUGGUACAGAUCAUAUUCAGUGUUGUAUUUGCCUUCUCUUGCAAUCUGUUUCAGCUUGUCCUUUUCGAGAUCAUUCCGAUUCUUUCCAAAGAGGCGAGAUGGAUGAAUUGGAAGGUGGAUUUGUUUUGUCUGAUUAUGUUGCUCGUUUUCAUGUUGCCGUACUAUCAUUGCUAUCUAAUGCUUUCUAACAGCGGUAUUAGAAAGGAACGUGCUUCACUUGGUGCUAUUUUGUUCUUGUUAGCAUUUCUGUAUGGUUUUUGGCGAAUGGGUAUUCAUUUUCCAAUGCCCUCUCCAGAUAAAGGAUUUUUCACCAUCCCUCAGUUGGUGAGCAGAAUCGGGGUCAUUGGUGUGACUGUUAUGGCUGUUCUGUCUGGUUUUGGAGCAGUGAAUUUGCCAUACAGCUAUCUAUCUCUCUUUAUUCGGGAAAUUGAUGAAAUAGAAAUCAAGGGACUCGAGAGGCAGCUUAUGCAGUCAAUUGAGACUUGCAUUUCAAAGAAAAAGAGGAUAAUUCUCGGUCAAAUGCAGAUAGAGCGAAAACAAGGGUCGGAAGAGAAACUAAACAAUAGGUCCUUCCUAAAGCGCAUAGUGGGUACCGUUGUUCGAUCUGUUCAGGAUGACCAAAGUGAGCAAGAUAUCAAAACCAUGGAAGCAGAGGUACACUCUUUGGAGGAGCUCUCGAAGCAACUCUUUUUGGAAAUAUACGAGCUUCGCCAAGCUAAGGAAGCUGCUGCUUAUUCUCGAACCUGGAAGGGUCACUUGCAGAAUCUUUUGGGCUAUGCAUGUUCGAUAUAUUGUGUUUAUAAAAUGAUCAAGUCUUUGCAAAGUGUCGUAUUUAAAGAGGCUGGUUCUGCUGAUCCGGUAACAAGGACAAUCAGCAUAUUUCUGCAAUUUUUCGACAUAGGCAUCAAUGUUACUUUAUUAUCACAGUACAUUUCCCUUCUAUUCAUCGGGAUGCUGAUAGUCAUAUCCGUACGGGGAUUCUUGUCAAAUUUGAUGAAGUUCUUUUUUGCUGUUUCCAGAGUUGGGAGCGGAUCUUCAAGCAACGUUGUUCUUUUCCUCUCUGAAAUUAUGGGAAUGUAUUUUGUUUCUUCCAUAUUAUUAAUUAGAAAAAGCUUGGCCACAGAUUACAGGAUAAUCAUAACAGAUGUAUUGGGUGGUGAUAUUCAAUUCGAUUUUUAUCACCGAUGGUUCGAUGCCAUCUUUGUCGCGAGUGCAUUCCUUUCUCUGCUUUUGCUAUCGGCACAUUACACGGCUCGACAGGCCGAUAAACAUCCCAUCGACUGAUUUUUGUUUGUCUUCAGUUUUUAUUUUUUAUUAUUUUUAAAUGGUAUUAGUAUAUUCCUUUCUGUUUGAUUCCUCCAUACACGAGCACUGUAAAGAUGAAAAAAAAUGGUAAUUCUACGGCUUUUCCUCUUUGCCUAUUAUAAAAUAUACGCCGUGGCUGUAUGCAAUACU